AUGCAAAAUGUACGAGGUCGGGCUCGGAUGCUGGGACGACGUCAUGCUCGAGUGCAUUUCAAUCUGGGUGGUAGACUUAGACCAUCGACAUCACAUGAAACUUUCCCGGAAGAUACAACCCGUGACUGUAUUUUAAAGCAAAUUUUAGCUCGUAUUAAAAAGUCGGAAGGAGAAUUAUCCAGUUGUAGAAUUCGAACAAACGAACUAUUAAAUAUCCCAGAGGACUCAUUGACUGCUGCUCGAAUUAAUCACGAGCAAUAUCUGCUCGAUGAUCUUAUUGAUUAUAUUGAAUCUUUGGCUAGCAAUGAAAUGAACUUCCAAAUUAUCACAGAUAAAGAUAAUCAACGAUGGUAUGCAAAACGAUUAAAACGUAGUUUGUUAAACUGGAUUGCACGCAAUGAAACAGAACUUCAAGAGAUCGAUGCAUUGGAAAAUCGAAUAAUGAAGCGUUAUUCGCAAAUAAGCUAUGAAAACAAAUUUCUGCAGCGCAUGUUCAAAGAUAUGAAAUGUUUCACAAACAAAAUUAGUGAUAGUUUUAAAAGUAUGGAAAUAUCGUCCGAAGUGACAUCUAUUGACACAAGCAAAACACAAAGCUCAUCAUGA